GCUUGGGGGCGGGGCCGGAGGCGGGGCGGGGGCGGGCUGCGGUUGCGGUCCCCGCGCCUGCGGCAGCGGCGGCUCCGGCGCUGGCGAGUGGAUAUCCCUGGAGCAUUCGGAUAAUGUGACAGUUGGGACAUAGUGAUGUCGGCUCUCUGUCCUCCACCAUCUCCAGCUGUUGCCAAGACAGAGAUUGCUUUAAGUGGUGAAUCACCUUUAUUAGCAGCUACCUUUGCGUACUGGGACAAUAUUCUUGGUCCUAGAGUAAGACACAUUUGGGCUCCGAAGACAGAACAGGUACUUCUCAGCGAUGGAGAAAUAACUUUUCUUGCCAACCACACCCUAAAUGGAGAAAUCCUUCGAAAUGCAGAGAGUGGGGCUAUAGAUGUCAAGUUUUUUGUCUUGUCUGAAAAGGGAGUAAUUAUUGUUUCAUUAAUCUUUGAUGGAAACUGGAAUGGGGAUAGGAGCACAUAUGGACUAUCAAUUAUACUUCCACAGACAGAACUUAGCUUCUACCUCCCACUUCACAGAGUGUGUGUUGAUAGAUUAACACACAUUAUCCGGAAAGGAAGAAUAUGGAUGCAUAAGGAAAGGCAAGAGAAUGUUGAGAAGAUAGUGUUAGAAGGCACAGAGAGAAUGGAAGAUCAGGGUCAGAGUAUUAUUCCAAUGCUUACUGGAGAAGUAAUUCCUGUAAUGGAGCUGCUUUCAUCUAUGAAAUCACACAGUGUUCCUGAAGAAAUAGAUAUUGCUGAUACAGUUCUCAAUGAUGAUGAUAUCGGUGAUAGUUGUCAUGAAGGCUUUCUUCUCAAUGCCAUUAGCUCACACCUGCAAACCUGUGGCUGUUCUGUCGUAGUAGGUAGCAGUGCAGAGAAAGUAAAUAAGAUAGUAAAAACAUUAUGCCUUUUUCUGACUCCAGCAGAGAGAAAAUGCUCCAGAUUAUGUGAUGCAGAAUCAUCAUUUAAAUAUGAGUCAGGGCUCUUUGUCCAGGGCCUGCUAAAGGAUUCCACUGGAAGCUUUGUGCUACCUUUUCGGCAAGUUAUGUAUGCCCCCUAUCCCAGCACACACAUAGAUGUGGAUGUGAACACCGUCAAGCAGAUGCCACCCUGUCAUGAACACAUUUAUAAUCAGCGUAGAUACAUGAGGUCAGAGCUGACAGCCUUCUGGAGAGCCACUUCAGAAGAAGACAUGGCUCAGGAUUCUUUCAUCUACACAGACGAAAACUUCACUCCUGAUUUGAAUAUUUUUCAAGAUGUCUUACACAGAGACACGCUAGUAAAAGCCUUCCUGGAUCAGGUCUUCCAUUUGAAACCUGGUUUAUCUCUCAGGAGUACUUUCCUUGCACAGUUCCUACUUGUCCUUCACAGAAAAGCCUUGACGCUAGUAAAAUAUAUAGAAGAUGAUACGCAGAAGGGGAAAAAGCCGUUUAAAUCUCUUCGGAACCUGAAGAUAGACCUUGAUUUAACAGCAGAGGGCGAUCUUAACAUAAUAAUGGCUCUAGCUGAGAAAAUUAAACCAGGCCUACACUCCUUUAUCUUUGGAAGACCUUUCUAUACUAGUGUACAAGAACGAGAUGUUCUAAUGACUUUUUAAAUGUGUAACUUACUAAAUAUAUUUCAUCACAGUCAUGAUAGCUGCUAAAGGAGCUCAGUGGGAUGAUACACAUUGAUUCCUGGGAUCGUACCCCAGAGUUCUACCCAGCAGUGGCAGUUACACUUAGUUACACUACAGUUGUCACAAGAAGUCUGCAAGGGCUGUCAGGUGCAUUGUCAACAACGAAUGGAUCUUUUCCUUCUUGUGCUCACUCGGGAUACAGGCUUAUGUUUACAAUUAUAAUAAAUACUGCUAUCUUUAGAAAGAUGUAAUAAUAGGAUAGACUCUUGACCACAACUACUGUUUUGUGAAACUUAGGCUUCAUGGUUUACAUGUAUCAAAGUGAAAUUUUUGUUAGCUUCCACAGACAUAAUACUAGUUGACUUUCCAUUUUUGGUGUUUCUCAGAAUAUGAAAUAACUGUAUUUGGUUGCAGUCAGCUGGAAACUAGAGCAUCUAACUCAUUUCAGUUCCAUAUACAGGAAGUUAACUUGAACCUAGGGUAAGUGUUAGAAAAUACCGUUCUAGCAGACGUUUAGUUAAAAUUAGUAAUUAGAGCGUACUCUAUAGACUUAGUCAUUCCAAGUCUGUCUGUAUAGAAAUGUCAUUGUGUUUAGUCCUGAUUGUGAUGAACCUCAGUUGGGAUGGCUUUUGUUUGUUAAGCUCUGUCAAAAAAAUAGAUAGGAAAUUGGAUUUGUGUUAGUAGUUCUUGACAACUAUAUAACUUAAUUUUCAUUAUUUUUGAGACAAGUGGAAAAGUGUACCUCUUGUGUCUUUUGUUCCCUUGGAAAAAUAUAAUUACUUGGAAGAAGUUUGGAUUUCAGUAGUCAGUCAUUGUCAUCUUAUUUUCUUCUCGUAGAGUCUUACCUUCACUUGGCAAUCAUUGCAACUCUAAGAUUAUUAAAUAGAGAGUAUACUAAUUAUCACUUUUCAGGAAUAGAGAAUAACAUCUUUUUUAUAUUUCUGCACAUAUUUUUAUAGUUGUUGCUGCGUGUCUUUGCCUACAACAUAGGAGGAAUAGCAGGAGAAACUUUACUGACAUGUUGUUUACUAGGUGUUACUUUGGCAGAACUGCCAAAGUUUUCUUAAUAUGCUUGGACCAUUUUGCUGGCUAUAAAAUAACUGAUUAACAUAAUUGUGUGCUAGAACAGUGUUGACAUAGUAGUAGUAUAUGUGAACAUAACGUUUUUUUUUUAAUCUAAGACUGGAAGUAACACAAAAGGGAAAAAUAUUUAUAAGGGAUAAAAGUGAUAGAGCUCCUCUGCCCUGACCCAAAGUUACCCAAGAAUAUGUCUGUUCUCAAAGGUCCUAAUAGCCUUUCACAUCUCUAACAAGAAAGAUGUAGACCUCUUCAUUUUCACCUACACGGAACUAGGUGACUGACACUCUAUAGCUCAGGCAUGAAAAGAUACACACAUACCACCUCUUUGUACCCUGUACUCAGUGUGUGUUCGUGUGUGUGUUUUUAAUGAUAGAUUAUUUAAGUAUGGACAUAUUUUUUUGCUGGUUUAUUGUAUUGUUAUACAGAAUGCAAUUUGUACAGUGAAGUAAGUUAUUAAAGCAUGUGUAAAUACUGCUACAUGUAUUUUCUCCUAUAAGGAGAAUUUUGAAUAAAAUAUCUUUGAAAUUU